AUGGCUCCGCCAAAAUCGGUCAAUACAAAUAAUUCCCAAAUAAAUUCACAAACACAAUGGCAGAAUAAUAAUGGAAACGGGAACAACAACAAUGGCAAUAUCACCAAACUUAAUCAAUCUUCUUCAGGUUCAGAACCAAUAUAUACAUUACCUGGUGUUAUAAACUAUCUCACUUCUGAAUUUACUAAUUUGGAACGAUUUAAAAUCAUGACAAAUUUAGAGAAAAAUGAAAUGAAGUACAAGAUUAUUCAAUUACAAGGGGAAGUGACAACAUUAAAAUAUAAUAACGAGAAACAACAAUUAAAGAUCAAAGAGUUGGAAGAAGAGAAUUCCCGACUUAAGUUAAAAUUAAAUCCUGAGGCUCAUGAUGAAAUUGAAAAUUUAGAGAAAAGUGAAACGGCUGAACUAGAUGAGAUUGAUUUACAAAUGAUUAAGCAAUCAAGACAACAGUUAACUAACUCCAUGAGAGAAGUGGUGACUUUGUUGAAAGCACCAACUACAACGACUCGUGCAAGUAGCACAUUAACCAAUAACAAUAAUAAUAACGAUUUUGAGGCAUUGUUAAACAGCCCCGACAUUGAUCACGUUGACGAGUUCAAUUUCAAUAGUAAUAACGAUUAUUUAUCAUCCCCCAAUAGAAAGCAUAAUAAAGGAACAAAUUCAAAUUCUAUAAUUUCACAAUUUUUCAGUGGUGAUCUGACAGUUGAAGAUUUUGGAAAAGAAAAGUCAAACGAGAGCACUGCAACACAUGAUGAAAGUCUUGAUUUGGAUGAUGUUUUGGAAAGAGCUAUAACAAAUUCAAGUGAUAAUUUAACUGUUGUUCUAGAUGAAGAUGAUAGGCAUAUGAAUGAAGAUGAGACAAAUAAGAUACAAGAACGCCCUCAUGAGAUGAAUCUUCAAGAACAUAAUACCAUUGAUGACGAUGAUAAUGAUAAUGAUGGAGAUGAAGUUUCAUUUCAUUCGGGACUAAGAUCUCCUGAUCCCAGUCCUGAUCCUACUAUAAAUGAUUAUGCUGAUUCAAGUUAUAACCAUCUUGAUGUGUUCAAUCACGAUAAGAAUACCAUUUAUUUGAAUUCCAUGAAUGAUGACUCCAAUAAAAGAGUUAAAAUGUACAUGGUUUCAGAUCACAAAUUAAUAGCUACACAUGAAUUUGACAUGUAUUCAUCACCAAAGAAGAUAUUGAACUUAUUUCCAAUUAGCAUUCCAGAUACAUUAUUAAUUAUUGAAAAGAAUGGAGAUAUCAAAUGUCUAAAUGUCAAGGAUGAUGCAGUGAAAGAACACACAAUAACUUCAGUUCAAGCUGCAUUCCAGGAUAUUGAAUCCUGUGGACUAAUUGAUUUCUCUAUGAAAUCAAACUCAGAAAACGAAUACUUUGGAUUGUGUAUAUCUGGACAAGCAUCAUUGAAUCAACAAUUUCUUCUGAAGGUUUAUCAAUUGAGUUAUGAUUUGACAACCAAAAAUAUAUCAUCAAAAGAGAUUGGAAGUUACAAUAAGAAAUUUUUGACAAAGGGAAAAUCAGCUAAUAACGUUCAAUUUGCGGGUUGGUUCAACAAUAACAACCUUUCUUCUGAUAAAUCUACCCUUGUGAAUGUAUCACCUAGAACUGGAAACAGUAAAUUGGCUAAGAAGUCCGUUAGCUGUGAUGAUGUGACACUCUCACCAUAUGAAAUAUUGUAUAAAGUUGACGGAAAGACAAUGAAGUUGAAUAUUGUACUGAAGCAAAGUUCAGUAUUCACUUAA